AUGGAUUUUUCAAGUAAAUCAUUAGAAUUGUGUAAAAGCCAUUCUAACCAAACUGAUCAAUUAUUAAAGAUAUCAAAACAAACCUAUGAAAAAUAUGAUAAUUCUUUAUCAAAAUUACAUUUAAUCAUUAGAGAAUUAAAUAAACAAUUAAUUAUAUUAAAAGAAACAUCAACACAAUUUAAUGAUAGAUAUAAUACAUUUAUAAAUGAUUUUACAUCGUUAUCGAAUCAAAAACAAUCAUUAUUUACGUCAAUAGAAAAUAAAUUAGAAAUUUUAAAAAAGAAAUAUUUAGAUAAAGGUUUAGUUUUUAAAAAUAAUAAUAAUAAUAAUAAUAAUAAUAAUAAUAAUAAUAAUAAUAAUAAUAACAAUAGUAAUAAAAGUACUGAAGAUGAUAAUAAUGAAAAUAAUAAUAAUAAUGAUGUAAAUAAAAAUAAUAAUAAUAAUAACAAUAAUAAUUUAAAUACAUUAUAUGAUUUUAUUGAUAUUGAAAGUUUAGAAUUAAUAAAGAAUCAAUUUUUAUCAGAAUUAUCAGGAUUAAAUGAAAUUUGUGAUAAAUCAAAACAAAUAUAUAAAUCAACCAAUGAAUCAAAUUUAGAGAUGGAGAAUAGAUUCUUAGAGAUUCAAAAACAAUAUAAUAAACAAAUUGAAGAAAGUAAUUCACUCUCUGAUUUAUUAACACAACAAAAUAAUUUAUAUAAAACAAUUCAAAAUCAAUUAAUUAAUGUAGCUUCACAAUGUGAUUUUAUAACUUUUUAUAAACCGUCUCCAUCACCAUUAUCACCAUCACCAUCACCAUCGUCAUCUUCUUCAUCUUCUUCACCAUCACCAUCAUCACCACAACAACAACAUGAUUUUAAUAUUAAUAAUAAAAAAGAACAAAUUCAAUUACUUUUAACAAGUUCAUUAGAGAAUAUACAAUUAAUGUCAAAGAAUGUAAAAGAUAUUGAAAAUCAAUUUAAAGAGAGUUGUAGUAUUUAUACAUUAGUUUAUUUAUUGAAUGAAAAGUUAAGUUUUGGUAAUGAUUUCUCAGAGAAUUGGGAAACAUUUGAAAGAUUUAAUUGUAUAUUCGAACAACGAUUGGCUGGUGCAAAUUAUUUCAUUGGUGAAUUAUAUAGUCUUGGUAAAUGGUAUGAUCUAUUCGAUGAAUCCUAUGAUAAUCUAUUAGAAGAGGUUAAAAGAAGACAAAAAGAAUAUUUACGUCAAAAAACAAUUGCUGAACAAUUCAAUGAAGAAUUAAAACAUAACUAUAAUCAAGAGAUUCAAAAUCGUUUAAAAUUUUAUGACUCUUAUGGCAAAUAUUUACCAGUAUCUUUAUUCUCAACAAUCUCUGAUCAACCAAUUUCUUUUCAAGUUAAACAAAUCAUUGAAGAAUCUGUAAUUGAUUAUUCUUUUAAUCCUUUAAAUUUAAAAAGAUCUUCACCAAUUAAUCAACAACAACAACAACAACAACCACCACCAAAUUCUUAA